AUGCACAGCCUGUCAAGCAGUGACACGGCGAACGGGGAAGACACACCUCGUGGUACCUCAAACGUCAGCAUUGAGAUACAAUCAUGUACGGGUGGGGGGCCAGAAGAGCAACAUGACUCUCGCGCAGAAACAGAAGCUCUCACCCAUGGCGUCGGUGAUAAUAAUCAGGAGAAACUUGGGGUUAAGACUCACUCUCGCGAGGCCCCAGUCCCGAAUGGCCCACCGCCAGAUGGUCCUCCAGAUGGUGGACUUCGAGCCUGGUUCACUGUCGUCGGUGCUUUUUGCGGCAUGUUUGUCAGCUUUGGUUGGAUCAGCUGCAUUGGCGUCUUCAUCGACUACUACAAAACUCACCAGCUAAGGGACAUCGACACGAGUACAAUCACAUGGAUCACUUCAUUAGAGUAUUUUCUGAUGUUUUUUGGGGGCCCGUUUGUAGGAGUGCUCUUCGAUAACUUUGGACCAAGAUGGAUCCUUGUUGUUGGCUCGUUCUUUCACAUAUUCGGACUGAUGAUGACCUCGAUCUCCUCCGAAUACUACCAAUUUCUCCUUGCACAAGGCAUCUGCAGUCCAAUCGGCACAAGUGCCCUCUUUCACGGCAGUCUCAACUCUGUUAGCACUUGGUUUCGACGUCGUCGUGCCCUCGCACUAGGCAUCACAGUCGCCGGCUCUGGCUUUGGUGGGAUCGUCUUUCCAAUCAUGGUGACGCGCACAAUACCAGCUCUUGACUUUGGAUGGGCGAUGAGGAUAUGCGCAUUUACAAGCCUCUUCCUCUUGGUUAUCACUAACCUUACUGUUCGCUCGAGAUUGGAGCAUAAGAGAAAGACGCCGUUAUGCCAUCCGCUCGACUUCUUUCGUCCCCUCCGCGAAGUCCCAUUUAUUCUUACCAGCGCGGGGACUUUCUUCCUAUACUGGGGUCUUUUUCUCCCAUUCGCUUUCAUCCCAACCCAGGCCCAGCGAUAUGGCAUGUCAACCUAUUUGGCUUCGUACCUACUCGCCUUUCUUAAUGCCGGAAGCGUUUUCGGCCGCAUUAUCCCCCCUUACAUAGCUGACCACAUCGGCCGGUUCAACACAAUGAUCCUCACCACUAUAGUCUCGAUAAUACUCGUGCUAGCCCUAUGGCUCCCCUCCCGCACCAACGCCACCGCAAUAACUUUCGCGGUCCUCUAUGGCUUCAGCGGCGGCUCUGCCGUUUCUCUAGCACCUGCCCUCAUUGCGCAAAUAUCGGAAAUUCGAGAAAUUGGUGUGCGCAGUGGGACAUAUUUUGCUAUAUCCGCCUUCGCCGCGUUGACGGGGACGCCGAUUGCGGGUGCGCUUUUGCCGGAGCCGUUGAGUGGGAGUUAUCUGGGAGUUGAGUUAUUCUGUGCGGCGACGAUGGGGGUGGGGGUUGUUUUGUAUGUUCUUGCCAGAGGUGUUGUUCCCCAGGGAGGAUGGGGGAUACGUGUCAAGGUGUAG